CUCUUGGCUUUCAUCUGGCCAUGUGACAGUGACUUUGACGUCAGCUGGAGGCAGAGUCUGUGGUUUAGUCCACACAGCCAAAGGCUUGUGAGAAUCUGGUGGAUGCUGGACUUAUCCCCCUUGCUGCUGCUGCUUCCCAGGGGCUGCCAGGGCAUGGACUACUAACGCCUUGCGUUUCUACCGUGGGAGGCUACCGGUUUGCUUUAUGCUCUAAUCAGAUAAAAAAAUUUGACACCAAGAUGGGAAAACAGAACAGCAAACUACGUCCUGAGGUCAUGCAAGAUUUGCUAGAAAGUACAGACUUUACAGAACAUGAGAUCCAAGAGUGGUACAAAGGCUUCUUGAGAGACUGUCCAAGUGGACAUUUAUCUAUGGAGGAGUUUAAGAAAAUAUAUGGGAACUUUUUUCCUUAUGGGGACGCUUCUAAAUUUGCGGAACAUGUAUUCCGCACUUUCGAUGCUAACGGCGAUGGAACAAUAGACUUUAGAGAAUUUAUCAUAGCCUUGAGUGUAACAUCUAGAGGUAAACUGGAGCAAAAGCUGAAGUGGGCAUUCAGCAUGUAUGAUCUGGAUGGAAAUGGAUACAUCAGUAAGUCAGAAAUGCUGGAGAUAGUGCAGGCAAUCUAUAAGAUGGUUUCUUCGGUAAUGAAGAUGCCAGAAGAUGAGUCAACACCAGAGAAAAGGACAGAGAAAAUCUUCCGUCAGAUGGACACCAAUCGAGAUGGCAAACUCUCUCUGGAAGAGUUCAUCCGAGGAGCCAAGAGUGAUCCAUCCAUAGUCCGUCUCCUUCAGUGUGAUCCUAGCAGUGCAGGGCAAUUCUAAAACAGUUCUUUGGAUGAAUUAUGUAUCUGCUUUUUGUUUUGUUUUUUUUGCCAAACAACAUUCAUGGUGGUGUUGCCUCUGUAUGACCAAUUAUGCCUUCUUUUGUGGCAUCUUUUAGCUUCUUUUGUUGUGGAUUAAUUAUAAGAAUGCUGAAUGCUCUUAAUAGUUUGUCCAGAACACAGACAGAAUACUGUUUUAAAUGGACAUUGUGGUGUUAACUUGUUUAGAAGAUUUUAUUUUGUUCAAUUUGUCCGCUCUCAAAAGUAAACAACAAGAAGGAAGAAACCUUCAGCAACACAUUAUUGCCAGAUUUUAGAAUGCUGUUUUAAUAGCUGAAAAUUCACCCACAGGAUCUGAAGCACAAUAGUGGUUGAAGUGCAAGGUGUUACAACAGGUGCAGUAUUUGAUUUGUACAGUCUUUUUUUAUCCAGCAGGCACAAGUGAAACUACAAGACAGGAUGAGUAAGAAGUGUUAAUACAAUAAAUUAGCAAGUUCUAGCCUACUUCAAUCUCCCUACAAUGCCACGUUGUUUCUAUACUGUGAAAGUUUUUAAGGUGCAUUGAGAAGGGGGGGGAAAUGAUCAGCUGUUUUUUUAACAGGCUUGUGCUGGUUGAUUUAACACGGUUUUAUCUGGAAAUCAAACACAAUUUAUAAUCCUGAUUAAUACAAAAAACAAAAAAAACAGAUGGAUGUUACCUGUUGCCAUUUGGAAUUAGUAAGUGUAGUUGUGUAUAUUACAAACUGAGUAUUGAACACAAAUUUAAGGGAGAUGUGCGUUGAAUGAAAGAUUUUCAGAUUAGUAAUAAAGCAGUUUCUACUGCAGGAGACUGGGAGUUGAGCUAAGAAAUAACAUUGUGCAACCUUAAGCAGCUGACACUGAGACAUGUCCACUGUUAUGAAUGUUCUUGUCUAGACUGGACUUUUUUUUCUCUCUCUCUCUCUGUGCACAUAGAUAAUGCGGUUCCUGUGUCUGCUUCUAAAGGUUGGAGAGCUACUAUCACAAACUGUUUUAAAGCUAGAAUUGUAGAAUUCAUACUUCAUUUACUUUAGUGGGGUUGAAAGAUCUGUACUGAAACAAGGACAUGGUACGCUUAAUAAUAUAUUUAUAUAUAUAUAAAUGUUUUAAAAAAAUUAGAUGUAAGAGAAAACUGUUGAAUGUUUAUCUUUUCUCUUGGAUGCAAAAGGAUUUCUGAAACUUGCUGCUGCAAAAUUCUUUCAUUUGGUCAGGGUCACUAUAUUCCAAGCAGUGUGUACGUUUGGGAUCCCUUAAGGAAUUUGCAAGCGCUGCUUUGGCAAAAAAGCUUAGCAACGGGAGGUACUAUGCUGACCGAGUUUGAGAUAACCUGUCAUUUGUUGAGUCUGCUUUGUGAUAUGGUAGGUGAUAUAUCACUGCAGUCACUGCCCAAUAUCAGGAACUUGUGAGACUGUUAUAGUAUAAUGAGGAGCGAGGUUGAUAUUCUAUUAAGUGACCUUGUAGAUGCUAAACCUCAACUAGCCUUAAUUUAAAAUAAACUGAGUAAAAUAGGUUAGAUCUGCUGCUGCAAACUAGUUAAAUGCUGAUUAGCUAUCAGGAAAAAGCAGUAGAAUAUAUUAACAAGUUUUUGCUGAUCACUAGCUAGGAGAACAUAUAUACAGUAAUUUAGGAAGGAAAAAGAUCCUUGACUUAAUUCUCAAUACCAUUUUGCUCUGUCAUGCUUAACAUAUGGAGCACAGUGAAAAUUAAUUAUAGAUAACAUAGUUAAUAAGAUCUUUCAAAUUUACUGUAAGUGGCAAAGCAAUCCUGAAUAAAAGGUCAUCAGGCCCAUUUCUUUGUCUCGGAUGACCUAAAGGGCUUAUCCAGAAUCAUUUUCAAUUUAAACAGAAAUGCCAUUGAUGUAAUUCUCCUGCUAAAUGAGCUAAAAGACCAAACAGAGUUAUGUGUGAGAGACAGACAGACCGAGGCACACACAAGUGCAGGUUCAAUACAUAACUUUUUUAGCUUUUAGCACAGUCAUGGAAAUACUACAGUGAAAUUUGCUGGUUGGCUGAAAUGUUUUUUGCCUAUUUCCCAUCCCUGUCUUAUCCACACCCCACUGGAAAUACUAUGCACAAAACAGAACCUUUAAAGCACUUGUGCUCUUCAAGAUAAUUUUCUGUGUUUGUCAGAAAUAGACCUCAGAGAGGCCUUGGCCCUAGAAGAAAUCUGCUGAGAUCUCCUCAUACUGAAUCAAAGGUCAGUUCUCUCCUUAUUGCCUGGAGGGCCAUUUUUCAUUUGGACAAAUCUGGCUAGAUCCUUGGUUGUUGUAAAUUGCUGCAUUAAGGUGAAUGGGUCUACACUGAUUUACACCCACUAAGGAUCUGCUCCUUCAUCAAACAUAAGCAAUUAGUGUCACUGUAUCAAAGCCCUUCUUUGGGUCAUUUCAUCACAUCCACUAUGUAAGAAAAAUAAAUUGGAAUAUAAAUUUUCUAGAAAUCUGAAUACACAUUGAAAAAUUCCAAUCCCAGGUAUCAUUGCAGGCUUGUGGAUCAAAAGCAGACAAGCUAGAAAAAUUGACAUUUAUUAAAGUUGAAGUAAAGUAUGCAAAGUGGCUAGCUCCUACAAUUAGUUUGUUUUUAAUACAGUGAAAGCAGUUGCAUGUGACUGAAACUAUUAAAAUUUUGCUUUUUUUAAGCAGCUGCCUUCCAUCUCUUUUUUUUGUACUAUGAAAAUCCUUUGGCCCAGAACCUAGUUCCUCAAUUUGGUGUUUGGCUGUUUUUUGACAGAAUCAAUUUGUGUAUUAGUACUUUAAACUAUGUGCUUGAAAAUGCAACCUGUGAUAUGACCCCAGGCCAGUGGAGUUGUAAUUCUUUCCACUGAAAGACUAGGAAUGUAACCCACAGCUGCAGAGGACAUAAAUAACUGGAGAUAUGGUUAUUGUAUAAACAUUUACAAAAUGCAUGAAGAUUAUUCCUUAUUUCUGCCUGCCUUUCACAAUUUAUUUUGUUUCAAAAUAUUAACUGUUCCUUUCUUACUCUUCAAGUAAAAAUUGUAGAUAUUUUUAAAAUGAUCGAUAAUUGAAUUUGUUAAAUGAAUAUCUGCAGUUUAUUGGCUAACAAAACAAACACAGUACUGGUAUGCAGCAUUUCUUUAUUGUCUUGCUAAUUGUCGUUAUUACCUACAGUGAUCUCUCAAAAAAAGAAUGACCAAAACAAAAUGUCACAGCAGCAUAGCCAUUUUUAAGGGAAUGAAAGUAUCCGCAUCUCAGACUGUAGACAGUACAGGCUGCUUGAUACCACUUACUGUAACUUUGUAGAUACAUUUUCAAUAAUACUUGUGUUUGUUUGAUAGGUAAACUUGGCUGAUCUGGCAUCCAAAAAUGUUUAGUGUUUUGUGUCUAGCAUGUAGACCUAGCAACCGUAAAAGGGUAAAUUAGAACUCUAUUUACAUGGAAUUCCUAGUGAACGGAAAUGGUGUUAGUUCUUUGCUGGGGGCUUGCCCUUGAAGGAGAGUACCAGUCAUCUGUGCAGAACUAUAGCAGAAACUAUAGCAGAACAGAAACUAUAGCAGCCAAGCUGUAAAGCCAUUCAGUAUUCACUUUACUGAGCUCGGAAAUUGGGAACUUGAAACACAGCCCCUGUAAAGCCAGGUAGCAUACUCUUUGGGGCACUCUGGGUUUGAGGGAAAUGAAGCACAACCCUCUUCCAACAUCUGAAACCCCAUGAACCCAAAGGAUUUGGAGGUCCUCUGAGACCUUCAGGUAAAGUUGUAGUAUACUUCCUAUUAAGCUUAUGACUUUUGAACAUUUCUCACCAUCAUUGUUGAGUUGCCUCAUGCUUCAUUAUUAUCUGGUAUAGUAUUUGACCUCUACACUCUCUCAUGUUUAAAUAUUCUAAACAUUAUCAUUGUUUUAGAACAACAGGAAACUAUGUAUAUAACUACUUUAAAUGGAAGAUAUAUAAGUGCACCUUGACAUGUAUAAGCUGUGCACCUGGAGACAAUUAUACUAUGAUGAUCUAAAAACAUAACUGUUCCCCACACCUUUCUCAGUAGAUUUGUACUUGCUAAUGUGGUACUUGAUGAAGUUCUGUGGCCUGCAAUGUGCAAGAUGUCCCACUAGAUGAUCACAAUGGUCCCUUCUGACCUUUAAAGUCUAUGACUCUAUGAGGUAAACCUGUACAUUCAAAGCUAACUUUGUAAGCUCUGAGAUGUGUCCCAUUUUCUAAACCAAUGCUUAUUUUGUGAACUCAGGAAAAAGCACAGCAACAUGAGCAGAGCAGCCCAGUCAAGGUAAGGGAAACUUCAGUAGCAGAGGCCACCAGCCAGCCAUAAUUCCUAGAUGUUUCAUAUUGCAGCCUGGUGUACUAACACUAGAGUAGAGUGUAGUUACACCCUAUGCCGGUGGAAGUGUGAGCUUGAGGCUAGGGUCUUUUUUCUAAUGAAUCACUGUUACGAACCACCUUUUCUACA